AUGCCGCCCGUCCGGCUACUUCAAAUCCUCGCGGGAACAACACUACUACUCACUUUCACCUAUUUCCUCGUUAGACAACCCGCAACGGAUCCGCGCUUCCCACUGGCAUCAUGGCAGACCUAUUCGCCAGACUUUCACAACAACGGCACACUCGACAUCGAAGUGCUCCGCCAAAUCAGGGAUCUCCCGCAAGAGUUCGACUAUCAACGAUACUGCGUCUUCGCAAAGGAAAAUCCAGCCCUGCACCGCGAAUCCGUGAUCCGCUUCUCAGAAGAAAUGCUGGACGAAGGUGCAUCCUCUGAUAUCCGGCUGGACGAUGGAAACAUACCCAAUCCCGAGGAGCAGAGCGUCUUCCCUACAUGUCACAGCUCAUUCACCCUGGAGGUUCCGGAAUUCAGCUCACAUGGACAGACCAGCACCAAAUCCUUAAUGCUGGGUGUUGCCACGACGCUCAAACGAAUCGAAGAGUCUUUGCCCACGUUUUCUAGAUGGCUCUCGAAUACAGGAUCGCCACUCGUUGUCCUUCUGGUCGAUCAGCAAAACCUGGACGAGAAGCAGGAAGAAAUCAACCGUGUCAACACACUGGCAUCCACACUCGCGAUCGAGCUGAUCUUCGAGCCGUACAAGUCAACCUACACUCACGACAGCGAAGGCCUCAAGAACUUCGCGCUUGCCACUGCUCUGGACAAGCAUCGUCGACCGGAAACCAAGUGGUUUGGUGUCAUUGACGACGAUACGUUCUUUUUGUCACUUCCACGUAUGGUCGAGAAUCUGGCGCCGUUUGAUCCCGAGAAGCAAUGGUACAUUGGCGCGCUCACCGAAGGACACACAAGAGUAUCGCAGGAAGGGUUUAAGGCGUGGGGAGGGGCUGGUUUUUUCAUAUCUCCCCCGCUGAUGCAAAUUUUGGCCGAGAACGCCGUCGAAUGUACUCCUCUGGACAGGUAUUUCGGCGACAUCCUGUGGCGAGACUGCAUAAUGGAGGUCACAUCCCCAACAGUGCAUCUGACCGAAAUGAAAGGAUUGAAUCAGAUCGACAUGUGGAAGGACAUCUCGGGGUGGUACGAAGCAGGCUUCAAUCCGAUACUGACUGUUCACCACUGGAAAAGCUGGCAUUUCUUCCCGAUAGCAAUCUCCCACAUUGUGACCGACGUAGCCGGACCCGAUGCUUUGUUGCAAAGAUAUCAAUUCGGCAACCAUACUGUCUUCACCAAUGGUUACAGUAUCGUUCAAUAUCCCAGAGGAGUUCCAGACCUAAACUUGGUGGAGUUGACGAUGACCGAGGACGUCAACGUGAAAAGGCCACCGGAGCCACUCGAAUUCCACCACAGUAUGGGAAAGACGAGACCUGCUUUGGAGUACGGCAAGGAAAAGAUUAGCUGGCUGUUCGAGCACGCCGUCAAGACCGCCGACAACACAGUGAGACAGUUCUACGUUAAGCGAACGACGCGCGACCCGGACGGGCCAGUGGAAAGCAUCAUUGAAGUUGACUGGCGGCACGCGUGA